CAAGAAGGAAACAAAGCAAGUGUAACAAUUCAACUGUAACGCUGUUAUGUGAUCCAUUUGAGAGAGAAAGGGAGGGGCUAGAGACGAGGAACGUAGUGAAUUGGAUGACACCGUACGAGCGCAAGAAGGUUGACAAGAUAACAUAGGAUGUUAAAGAAAAAGGAGAAAUCCUGAUUCAUCAAAAUAAUUUUGCAUUUUUUGGAUUACUAGUCUAUCGGCUUGAAGCUUCUAUUUUGGAGUGUGGCCGUAUACUGUAGCCUUCACGUAUCGGUUAUUAUUCUUUAGCCUAUUUAUUUGCGGGGCCCUCUGACAUAAUAAUGGCUCGACAGUAGCCUUGGACAAUGUGUUCAAAACGUCGGAUGUGUCUUUUACCGAGGAGAUCCCGUUAGAAUAUGAUUUUAACGUACCAAUAUAUACGAUAUAUAUGUGAUUCCCAUCAAAAUAAUAACGCGCUCUUCCGUGCGGAUCCAUUCGAAAUCUGGGCGAUUGUAAUUGUAUAGCGCAUCUCUACAUCCUUAUCUGGAUCUCUGUCCUAUUGGUGCGAUGGCCUUCUCUCUUCUGGCUAUCGUGAUAUUAUCUCUCCACGCUCUCCCAUCCGUUGGCUGUCCAGUGGGAUGUCGCUGCUACAGCCUGACUGUGGAGUGUGGCUCUACAGGCCUCCGGGACAUCCCCUCACAUGUCCCAGCUUCUACACAGACCAUCUUCCUUCAGGACAAUGCUAUCGGGCAGAUCCGUCUGUCAGACCUCUCCCAGCUGGGCCGUCUGCACUACCUGUAUCUGCAGAACAACAGUAUCUCAGCACUGGAGCCCGGGGCCUUCCAGAGCCAGGGUCAGCUUCUGGAGCUGGCCCUCAACGGGAACCGCAUCCACCUGGUCACAGCAGACAUGUUCAGGGGCCUGGAUCACCUCCGCAUCCUCUACCUGGCAGGAAAUGACAUCACUCGCCUACAGGACUAUACCUUCAGAGGCCUACAGCGUCUUCAAGAGCUUCACCUGCAGCAGAAUAGCAUUGAGAUGCUGGGAGACCAAGCUCUAGUUGGUCUGUCCUCUCUGGCCCUGCUUGACCUCAGCCGGAAUAACCUGCACACCAUCGGCCCUGCCACCCUGCGGCCCCUCGUCAGCCUGCAGGUGCUGCGUGUCACAGACAAUCCGUGGCGUUGCGACUGUGCCCUGCACUGGCUACGCAGCUGGAUCGAUGAGGAGGGCCAGCGCCUGCUGAGCUCGGCCGAGCGGCGCCUUGUCUGUUCUGAGCCACCCCGCCUCUCCCACCUCAGCCUGGUGCAGGUGCCUCUUAACAGCCUGGUGUGCAUCCCCCCUCUGGUGCAGCUGGAACCCCGCCGCCUGGCCGUGCGCCUGGGGGAGAGCCUGCGCGUCUCCUGCCAUGCAUCUGGUUACCCCCGGCCGCAGGUCACCUGGAAGAAGGCUUCCCAGGGUAAGGUGCAGCUCUCCCCCCGGGGGCUGGUGCAGGACCUGGGCGGUGUAGGGACUGUGGGGGCUGAGGAUGCAAUACAUCCAGCUGCAGGACGGGUGAGACUCCAGAAGGAGGAUGGGGAGCGCUUCGAUCCAGACACGGGCAGUGGGAUGCUGUUCCUUAGCAACGUGACAGUGGCUCACGCCGGGCUGUAUGAGUGCGAAGCUUGGAACGCUGGAGGGGUGGCCCGUGUGACCUUUCAGCUCGCAAUCAACUCUUCGUCCUCGUCCAGUUGGUCCCCUGCCUCCUACGCUCCAUCCUGGCCUCGUCUGCGCUCUAAUCGGCCGACGUCGUCAGACGUGAGUCGAGAGCCCUUGUACGCCCUUGGCAGCAUGGCCUUCAGCGCACUGGGAGCUGCUACUCAGACUGCCAUCGCCAUAGGGAUCUCCCUGCUGGCCCUCACAGCUCUUCUCCUGGUGGCCAUGAUCUACAGCCGACAACACCAUCGGCAGAAGGACACAGAUGACAAGGAGGAAAGCAUCCUGUAUGUCAAUGAUUACUCGGACGGACCAACAACCUUUGCCCAGCUGGAGGAGUAUCGGGAUGAGCGCGGGCACGAGAUGUAUGUUCUGAACCGGGCUAAACCCGUCCUCCCACCUUCCACAACAGCCACUACCACCACCCUGGGGUACCAACAGCAGGAAGCGCUGUCUCCCACAAAGCCCCAGAUAGAGCCGGAUAUACGGACAAUGAGAAGGAUGGCAGGGGAGGGCGGGGAGGCAGAGCCGGUGACAGCCGAGUCGGAGGGCUUGUUUCUGAAUCACACAGGCUUGUUCCUCGACUCACAAAUUGCAUAUGAGAUCCACUGCUGAAGGCCCCUAGGACGACGUUCACAAUGAGCUAGUCCAGAGUGCUUAAUGUCACUUGGUGACAACACCUCCAGACUACAAUGAGGGUUCAGAUGAAUCAUAAAUCCUGAUUGCUCUGGCUCCAGAGUGACAAGUUUGCGCAGCAGUAUGAUAUAAAGACAUGGCAGGAGACAUGCCUCCCCAACCAAAACCCUCACUGUACUGUACCUUACUGUGAUAUGAGAAAAUUAGUCCUUUGUCCAGCUUGAACAUAUACUGUAGCUACUAUAGUAAGUAUGGAGAACCAUUACAGUGGACUGAGUAAUGUGUGGUGGAGAGACCCUUAUUGUGACACUUCUGCUGUUUAUAUAAAGUAAACUGUAAUAGGGGCCUAAACAGGCUCACCUGGUUGGACUCUGAGAGGUUUAGAAAUGUAAGAGGAAGGUGCAUCAUAAGUCUAUAAGAAAGGAGUACUUUGUGGCAGAAUACUGCUGACCAACCCGGAUCCCUCCAUCCUACAGCAAGUUACUUCCAAAGAUUUCAUCAAUCAAACAACGGUAUACAGUCAGUUAAACAGGCUCUCUCUCCUUCAAGUUCUGUUAAUUUCCUUAUGUUGGUGACUAUAUGCACACAUGAAUGAACUGAAGAUAAGGAGAUGUAUUACAUUUGCAGGCAGUACCAUAAAUCAGUCAUCUCCUUUAACUUUAAAAUAAUAAUUUUUGAAAUAUAUGAAAGUACUGUAGGGCUUAGCUUUAUGAAAGUAUUUUUGUCGCUUGUACCUCAACAUGUUUUUUAGUUGACCAAACAAGGUAAACCUAAUGUGAUUCAAUGUGUGUGUUUUUCUCAUGAUCAAGUGUGUCAAUAGCAUUUAGCUUACUGUGUUUGCAGUAUACCUCAGCAUAUGUAUUGGUUUCAAUGGAAUCUGGUAAAAUGUCUGUGGUCCAGCACAAGAUUACAGUAGGUUUUGGUGUGUGACAUAUGCUGCAUACAUAUUUGCAGUGCAUUGCUGUAUGGCACUCAGUUGGGACUAUUUUCUGAAAUUCUACCAGGAACUACCAAAUCCACAACAAUAUUAGCUUUCAUUCAAACUGUGUUUUUGCCAUUCAGAUGUUGAAAAGUAUUUGUUUGAAAGAGGAAGUGCAGUGGACCCCAGCUCAAGCUUCCCCCAACAGCUGUAGGUUACAGGGAAAGAGUCUGGUAUCCCAUUGCAUGCUGGACAUUGGUGUGUUUGAGGCGGAGCAGUGAUAAAAGCAAUACAGUCUAGAAUUAAAACACUGUAUUGUCCUACCCAGAUUGUCACUGUAAAAGUGCAUUUCAAGCUUUUAGUUUAAUUUCAGAUAUUUUGAAUACUUUUAUUUGAAAAUGAUUUAUUUGUGGUUUGUAUUGACAUUUUUUUUUUUUUCACCUUUAUUUAACCAGGUAGGCUAGUUGAGAACAAGUUCUCAUUUGCAACUGCGACCUGGCCAAGAUAAAGCAUAGCAGUGUGAACAGACAACAACACAGUUACACAUGGAGUAAACAAUAAACAAGUCAAUAACAUGGUAGAAAAAAAGAGAAUCUAUAUACAAUGUGUGCAAAAGGCAUGAGGAGGUAGACAUACAGUUGAAGUCGGAAGUUUACAUACAUUUUAGGUUGGAGUCAUUAAAACUUGUUUUUCAACCACUCCACAAAUUUCUUGUUAACAAACUAUAGUUUUGGCAAGUCGGUGAGGACAUCUACUUUGUGCAUGACACAAGUAGUUUUUUCAACAAUUGUUUACAGAUUAUUUCACUUAUAAUUCACUGUAUCACAAUUCCAGUGGGUCAGAAGUUUACAUACACUAAGUUGACUGUGCCUUUAAACAGCGUGGAAAAUUCCAGAAAAGGAUGUCAUGGCUUUAGAAGCUUCUGAUAGGCUAAUAGACAUCAUUCGAGUCAAUUAGAGGUGUACCUGUGGAUAUAUUGCAAGGCCUACCUUCGAAACUCAUUGCCUCUUUGCUUGACAUCAUGGGAAAAUCAAGAUGAAUCAGCCAAGACCUCAGAAAAAAAGUCUGGUUCAUCCUUGGGAGCAAUUUCCAAACACCUGAAGGUACCACGUUAAUCUGUACAAACAAGAGUACGCAAGUAUAAACACCAUGGGAUCACGCAGCCAUCAUACCACUCAGGAAAGAGACGCAUUUUGUCUCCUAGAGAUGAACAUACUUUGGUGCGAAAAGUGCAAAUCAAUCCCAGAACAACAGCAAAGGACCUUGUGAAGAUGCUGGAGGAAACAGGUACAAAAGUAUCUAUAUCCACAGUAAAACGAGUCCUAUAUCAACAUAACCUGAAAGGCUGCUCAGCAAGGAAGAAGCCACUGCUCCAAAACCGCCAUAAAAAGCCAGACUACAGUUUGCAACUGCACAUGGGGACAAACAUCGUACUUUUUGGAGAAAUGUCCUCUGGUUUGAUGAAACAAAAAUAGACCUUAGGCCAUAAUGAACAUCGUUAUGUUCGGAGGAAAAAGGGGGAGGCUUGCCAGCCAAAGAACAAUAUCCCAACUGUGAAGCACGGGGGUGGCAGCAUCAUGUUGUGGGGUUGCUUUGCUGCAGGAGGGACUGGUGCACUUGACAAAAUAGAUGGCAUCAUGAGGCAGGAAAAUUAUGUGGAUAUAUUGAAGCAACAUCUCAAGACAUCAGUCAGGAAAUUAAAGCUUGGUCGCAAAUGAGUCUUUCAAAUGGACAAUGACCCCAAGCAUACUUCCAAAGUUGUGGCAAAAUGGCUUAAGGACAACAAAGUCAAAGUAUUGGAGUGGCCAUCACAAAGCCCUGACCUCAAUCCUAUAGAAAAUGUGUUGGCAGAACUGAAAAAGCAUGUGCAAGCAAGGAGGCUUAUAAACCUGACUCAGUUACACCAGCUCUGUCAGGAGGAAUGGGCCGAGAUUCACCCAACUUAUUGUGGGAAGCUUGUGGAAGGCUACCCAAAACAUUUGACCCAAGUUAAACAAUUUAAAGGCAAUGCUACUAAUUGAGUGUAUGUAAACUUCUGACCCACUGGGGAUGUGAUGAAAGAAAUAAAAGCUGAAAUAAAUAAUUCGCUAUUCUACUAUUAUUCAGAAAUUUCACAUUCUUAAAAUAAAGUGGUGAUCCUAACUGACCUAAGACAGGGAAUUUAAAUGUCAGGAAAUGUGAAAAACUGAGUUUAAAUGUAUUUGGCUAAGGUGUAUGUUAACUUCCGACUUCAACUGAAUGUUCUAUUCCAUGUCCAAAUAAAUACGGUUACUGUUGUCUCUCUCUCUGUUGCUGUUUCAGAUGAAACUAAUUUCUACUCCUUUUGUCUAAAUUGGUAAUUUGUGCAAAUUUAUCCAUAUAUUAUCCAUGUAUUGAAUUAAACCAAUGCAUGGAAAUAAUGGAGGCCCAAAGCGUGUCAUGAAAUAAUAUAAAUUAGACACAGUUGCAUGAAAACUGGUUUUGAUGUCAAUGCAAGAAUACAAAAGUGAAGUGUUUUUCUGCAGUGUGGGUUUCAUUGAUCUGCCCCAUACUGAAUGGCAACUUAACAGAAAGUAAGCAUGGUCCAGUAAAUGCACCUGUAUGCCAGAAGUGCAAAGAGAAAAAUAGGAAUAGGCUACCAAUGGCAGCGUUUAUUAGGCUGUGUUCACACAGCCAGCCCAAUUCUGAUAUUUUUUUCACUUAUUGUUUUUUGACCAAUCAUAUCAGAUCUUUUCACAUCAGAUCUUUUUCAGAUCUGGAUUGGUCAAAAGACCAAUUAGUGAAAAUAAUAUCAGAGUUAGGCUGCCUGUGUAGACUCAGCCCUAGAGGUUUGGAUUUCAUCAAGGGACGUGUUUGAUUCAGAUCAAUUUUUAGGGCCAACGCAAAGCACGCCACCAGCAGUGAGGAGAGGCAAGGAGAUGUGCACAUGGACUCAGGUAUAGCGCUAUUAAAGCGCUAUAUGUAUAGCGUUAUAUGAUUCUGUCAAUAUUACGAUAUGCCUAUCGUCUUUUGCAACGGAUACACUGGAAUCCCUUGGAACACUAACCUUGUUUUUGUAGUUCUGAAUUGUGCAUUAUUGGCUGUCUGGGUGUGGAUUGGCUUGAGUGCUCAUCUGAAAUCAUUAUUAAAUUUGAGUAAUUGCUGUUUUAA